GAGAGUGGUACCGUGAACAGCUGGAAUGUGGAGCGGCAGUUUGGCUUCAUUUCUUGCGAUGGCAACCGCUCAGACGUGUUCUUGCACGCCGAAGGCUUCAGAGAUGUGGAUGUCCGCGACCGUGUCAAGAAGAACGGCCUCAAGCGCGGAGAUCACGUCCGAUUCGAUCUGAAGGAGCCGGAUGGAUCCCGACGCAAGCUGGAGGCAAAGAACGUGGAGCUGGUCGAGAGUCGAGGCGAGCGGCGACGCUCCCGAAGCCGAAGCAGAAGCCGAAGGCGCAGAUGA